AUGUCCAACACAAAAAGAAGAGGUGACCAAUAUGUGGUGGACUUGGAUAAUCACACUUGUUCUUGCAGAAAGUGGGACUUGUUAGGCAUUCCUGUGCUCAUGGAAUUGCUGCCAUACAUUACAAAGGAGCUAUGGGAGAAGACCAAGACAACAAUAAAACCACCUGCCUACACUAGACAACCUGGAAGACCUAGAAAGGGGAAAGGAAGACCAAGAAAAAUACCUAACCAAGACCCUGCAGUUGUUGCUGAGGAAGCAAAAGCAGUUGCAAGAGCAAGGAGAAAGCUUGCAUAUGCCAGGGCAAACGCUGCUGCUAUUGCAAAGAAGGCUGCACUAAAUGCUUCCUAG